AUGAACCCAGCAAGCACAUUAGCGCAACAACGGCAGGCGCGGGGGAAAGAGAUAGAGGAAAAGGAUCGUCAUGCGACAGAAGCAAAAGGCAAGAAGAGAGUCAGUUAUGGCCACGACGAAGAGGAUGCCGGCAGACUCAAAUCUGAAGAUGAGCUUUUUGAGGAACGUGAGAGACGACACACGGCUGCUAGAAUACUUGAGAGCAAUGAGUUGCUCAUCUUCCAUUCUCAUGCAAAUGACGAGAGCAUCCCACAAACGCGCCUUCGAUUUGAGAAGAUGAUGGUCGGGCUCGAGCCAGAUGGAUCCGACAAUGAUUGGGAGGACGACUAUGAAGACGAAGGGAGUGAGGGUGCCAGCACUGGAACGUCGGCUAGCAGGACUGGCGAUAGGCAAGAAGGCGGUAUCAGGAAAAGGUUGAGAUGA